CUCUCGCUUUCUUGGCUACCUCAGCCUCGCCUCGCCUCUCUUCUCUGUCCCCUCCCAUGCUUUGCUCCGCUCCAGCUUCGCCUCCGCGCAUCCCCUCUUGCGUUGCUCGCGGCGGUCUCUAGCUAAUUAAGCUUACCGCGCCCAUUAUAUAUAGCUCGCCUGCAACUGCCAAUCUCAGGCAUCAAAUCUAGCUAGCUAUAGCAUCAGCUACACGCACCGAGCUUCUAGCUCAGCUAAGCUAUAGUACACGAAUAAGCUAGCAAAUAUUAGCUACACUGCAGGUUAAAAUUGGUUGUUUCAAGUAACCAUGUCGAGCAGCCGGAGGUCUCGCUCACGGCGAGCCGGGAGCUCGCCGCUGUCGUCGUCGAUCUCGGAGGACCAGAUCACCGAGCUGCUGUCCAAGCUUCAGGCCCUGCUCCCGGAGUCGUCUCAGGCUCGCAAUGGCGCCCACAGGGGCUCGGCGGCGAGGGUUUUGCAGGAGACGUGCAGCUACAUCAGGAGCCUGCACCAGGAGGUAGACAACCUCAGCGAGACGCUCGCCCAGCUGCUCGCCUCCCCCGACGUCACCAGCGACCAGGCCGCCGUCAUCAGGAGCCUCCUCAUGUGAUCGCCACCGACCAUUACCAAGCAUCUACCGAGCUCGGCGCAUGCCUGCAGCUGUGCAAACUGGUCGAUCUCCUGCUGAACAGAACUACUACAUAUAUAUUUUUUUCAGAGAACAAGUAAUCUAUAUAACUAGCUAGCUGCUAGUAGUACUUAGUAAUAUAAUAUAUUUGUGCCCCUCCUUCUUGUAAGUUGAUUAAUUUGCAUUGUGAGACGACUGAUUUGGCUAGUAGUAAAUCCAAUUAAGUUUGGUUUGGGUGGUGAGAGGGCUUGCGAUUUGCAGAUCGAUUCAUGCAUGUCUGGAGACAUGAUCGAUCAGUGCUUUUAAUUAUAGAAGACAGUAGUGUACUGCUAGCUAGUCUAGUGAGAGCUUCAUGUUCCUGUACUUUGAAAAGGCUAAUGCGUGUUGUUUAAUGCAUGGAUGCUUUAUUAAUUUGCUACUUGACAUUAAGCAGCAGAUCGAUCGGUUCUUUAACUUCUUUUCUUGAUGGGCCACG